ACCUGUUAAAAACCAAAUAUAGGGCGAGAAAACGAAUGUGAUGUGUAGUUGUCAAACUUCAACUCGUACGUUUUUUUGCAAUUCUCAGGAGUAACGCUGUUUUUGUUCAUAUUCUUCCCAGAUUUGAUUUGUUUAUAAGGAAUAUAGGAAAAUGUCUUCGUAUAAGCCCAUUGAUUCUAAAAGAGAAGAAUUCAGAAGAUAUCUUGAGCGCGCUGGUGUUAUGGAUGCUUUAACCAAAGUUCUCGUGAGCUUGUAUGAAGAACCUGAUAAGCCGGAAGAUGCUCUAGAAUAUGUUAGAAAACAUCUAGGCACUGACGGUGGAGAUGAUGAGCUAGAGGCUGCAAGAGCCCGGAUUGCGGAACUGGAAGCUGAAAAUGCUUUGCUAAGGGGUGAAGCAGCGCCAACGGAAGGAUAAAUUUUGCUCAUUAUUAAUAAUUAAUUACCUACAUACCUAAUAUACGAUGUUCAAUUAAAGAUCUCCUUAACAUGAUCUCAUAUAAAAAUAUUCUUGUUAUUUCUAGAGAAAUAUAACUUAGUGUUAUGAUUACUGUGAGAGUAUUAUUUUGUUAUAAGUAUAUCUAAUUUGGCAGCGAAAGAAGUACUAUUAAAUUUUUUGUUCAAUUUAUAA